AUGAUGGCCUUGCCGCCCUCCACAACCCAGAACCUGAUCAACAAUGAAUUCAGUGUUUCCAAGUCGAGGACUUGGAUAAGGGUCUUGGAUCCCGCAUCACAGAAAAUACUCACGCGGGUGCCGGAGUCGACUCCAGCAGAGGUUCAGAAGGCCGUGACGGUAGCAGCAGCUGCACAGUCGGCGUGGGCCUUGACGCCGGUUGCGAAACGAAAGGCCAUGCUGUUCUCUUUGCUUCAUCUGCUACAACAACAUAUGUCCGAGUUCCAACAAUUACUCCAGCUCGAGGGUGGAAAGACUCUGCAGGACGCAGAAUCCGAGUUCGAGCGGGGGAUCGAUGCCAUUCACUCUGCAUGCUCGGUGACGGCGGAGAUGAACGGCAAGCAUUGGACCAACAACUCGACGGAAAUCUACACGAUGUACCAGCCUCUCGGUGUCUGCGUACUGAUCACUCCGUUCAACUUCCCAUUCAUGAUUCCUUUAUGGUCGAUUCCAUAUGCUUUGAUCACCGGCAACACCGUUGUCUUGAAACCUUCGGAAAAGGCACCUUCGACCGCGAGCUUGCUCGGGAGAUGUUUCGUGCAGGCUGGAUUCCCCCCCGGCGUAUUUAACAUCAUACACGGAUCGUCAGGAGCUGUGGAGAAGUUACUGUCGCAGCCUGUCGUCAGCGCGGUGUCUUUCGUCGGGUCUGAGGUGGCGGGUGAAAGAGUCUACGAGCACGCCAAAGCCACGAGAAAGAGAGUACAGAUUGAAGCCAGUGGAAAAAACCACGGCAUCGUUCUGGAAGAUGCUGCAAAGAAACAGACCAUCUACGCCAUCGCUGGUAGCGCUUUUGGCGCAGCAGGCCAACGAUGCAUGGCGCUGAGCGUGAUGCUGUGCGUUGGCUCGACGGCGGAGUGGAUUGACGACCUGGUCGAGGUGGCCAAAUCUCUCAAAGUCGGCUGCGGAUCUGAUCCUGAAACCGAAGUUGGUCCUCUGAUAACAGCCGCCGCAAAAGAGCGGGUAGAAGCCAUGAUUGACCUCGCUGAAGCGGAAGGCGCCGAGGUGGCUCUGGACGGGAGAAACUAUUGCGUCCCCGAAUACCCCGAAGGAAAUUUCGUCGGCCCGACCAUCAUUACAAAGGUUCAGCCGUUCAUGCAGUGCUAUCAAGAGGAGAUCUUCGGCCCCGUCCUCGUAUGCAUGGACGUCAAUACCCUGGACGAGGCCAUUGAUAUGACCAACGAAAAUAAGUAUGGGAAUGGGUGUUCGCUUUUCACCACCGACCCUGUCAAAGCGCAGUUGUUCCAAAGAAAGAUCAACAUAGGACAGAUUGGGAUCAACGUCCCCGUUCUUGCAGCUUCGGGUUCUGUCAGUAGAACGGCAAACAAAGACUCUUUCCUCGGAGACAAUAUAUCUGAGCGCAGCCAGUGGCAGUUCUUCACAAUGCCAAAGACAGUCACAACAUUAUGGCGUUGA